AUGCCCACAGCAUACAGUCCCGUGUCUAUAGAGACACAGAAGCCUCGAGUGCCGUCCCAGCUAAUUGUAAAAGCAACCGGAACAGCCCUAGACCUAUCUCGACAAAAACGAUAUCGUCUCAAAUCCGUCUUGAUGCGUUCUGGAACAUCUAGGGGUCUAUUUCUUCAUCGUCAUGACCUCCCGCCUUCACCCUCAGACUGGGAUUCGGUGUUAAUCGGUGCCAUGGGAUCUCGUUACAAUGACCCUCGACAACUUGAAGGUGUUGGUGGCGCUACAUCAACCACUUCCAAGGUGGUUAUCGUUGCGAAGUCAGAUCGGCCGGGUAUCGAUGUUGAGUAUACCUUUGCGCAGGUUACAGUGGGACAGGAAAAGGUUGAUAUGACGGGGAAUUGUGGGAAUAUGGCCUCUGGAGUAGCGGCUUUUGCGCUUGAAGAGGGCUUGAUAACUGCUGCUCCUGGUCAGAUGGAGAUUUCAGUCAGAAUCUUCAAUACAAACACCAAAUCCAUGCUUAUAGAGACAAUUCAGCUCGACGGUAGUGGUCACUUUCUCGAGGAAGGCGACUAUCGUAUCGGUGGUGUCAAAGGUACAGGCAGCAAAAUCAGAGUCUCUUUUGUAAAACCCGGCGGAUCGAUGACUGGCUCCACCUUUCCAACUGGCAAUCGAGAAGACGAGCUCCUUAUUUCGCCUAGUAGUAGCAACCUGUCAAAGGAGCCUUUUACCGUUAAGGCUACCCUCAUCGACGUGUCUAACCCCUUUAUAUUUGUUGAUUCUUCCUCGCUGCCUCCAGAAUACUACGCUCUAGGCCAAGAUUCUGAGGCAUCCUUGGAGAUCAUAGAAGCUAUUCGCCGUGGGGCAUCAGUCAAGUUUGGAUUUGCGAGCGACACACAAGCUGCUGGGUUGAGAAAAGGAACACCAAAGAUUGCAAUUGUCUCGACGCCUGUGGUUCCAAAUUCAAACCUCACAAGCAACGACACUCCGGAUAUUUCAGUGCUAGCAUACAGCAUGGGUAAAGUUCAUCCUAGCGUGCAGCUGACGGGUGCCGUAUGUCUUGGAGCAGCAGCGAACCUCAAGGGAACCGUGGUGGAAAGACUAAGAAGGAAGGCUGGUUCUAAUUCAGACGGAGCAGUAACAGCAUAUGAUGAGCAACUGAUUAGUGGGAAAAAAGGUGGUCUUGUAGUGAUUAGUCAUAAUAGUGGCACUAUCGACGUCGAUGUUGAUGUGACAGCUAAUGACGAGGUUGAGAGCAUUACAGUUUUCCGCACAGCGCGCAGGGUGUUUGAGGGCACGAUCUUUGUUUCCGGAUAG